UUUUAUUUCAACUUUCAGGGUAGUGCACUUUUGUAUUAAACUUUGGGGAGGGCGCUGCUGGGCAAUUUUGCAGAAGAUAUGGGUGUGAACUCCAACAGAGUGGAAGAUCAUCCCUACCAUGAAACCACCAUCAGAAUUCCGACAGAUUCAGCAAUGCCACCGCUAGAAAUCCACAGGGUUUGUUUGCCACCGAAACAGACCACCCUGCAGAAACUCCGGCGGAGGUUGGCUGACAUCUUUUUCCCAGACAACCCACUUCACAGAUUCAAGAACCAAACUUGGUUCACUAAACUGCUUCUGGGUCUCCAGUUAUUCUUCCCAAUUUUCCAGUGGGCCCCUGAGUACAAUAUUAAGCUUCUCAAGUCUGAUAUCAUCUCUGGCCUCACUAUUGCCAGCCUUGCAAUUCCUCAGGGCAUCAGUUAUGCGAAGCUUGCAAGUUUGCCUCCAAUUGUUGGGCUAUACUCAAGCUUUGUCCCCCCACUGAUAUAUUCUGUGCUAGGGAGUUCUAGACAUCUUGCAGUUGGUCCAGUUUCGAUAGCAUCUUUGGUCAUGGGAUCGAUGUUAAGUGAGGCUGUUUCGAGCACUGAAGACCCCAUUCUUUAUCUCAAAUUGGCUUUCACUGCUACAUGUUUUGCUGGUCUGUUUCAGGCUUCUCUGGGUAUUCUAAGGUUAGGUUUUAUAAUUGAUUUUCUGUCAAAGGCAACUCUGGUUGGAUUUAUGGCGGGUGCUUCAGUGAUUGUGAUAUUGCAACAGCUCAAAGGGUUGCUUGGAAUUGUUCAUUUCACUACCAAAAUGCAAUUUUAUUCUGUCGUGUCCUCGGUUAUCACCCACAGAGGAGAGUGGUCUUGGCAAACUAUUGUAAUGGGCUUCUGCUUCCUUGUGUUUCUAUUCACAACAAGACAUAUUGGUAAAACAAAGCCAAAGCUCUUUUGGGUUGCAGCAGCAGCUCCAUUGACAUCGGUUAUCAUUUCUACGCUUCUAGUCUUCCUUCUCCAUUCAAAAUCUCCUCGAAUCUCAGUUAUUGGCCAUUUGCCAAAGGGUCUCAAUCCACCUUCAUCAAACAUGCUAUACUUUGGUGGCCCUCACCUUGCUCUUGCUAUUAAAACUGGCAUUAUAACAGGGAUUUUGUCUCUCACAGAAGGAGUUGCAGUAGGAAGAACAUUUGCAUCUCUGAAAAACUACCAAGUUGAUGGAAACAAAGAAAUGAUGGCUAUUGGGAUCAUGAACAUUUGUGGUUCUUGCUCUUCAUGCUAUGUUACCACGGUUCGUUCUCUAGAUCUGCAGGUAAACUACAAUGCUGGAGCACAAACAGUAGUUUCGAACAUAAUUAUGGCAUCAGCUGUGCUUGUCACUCUGCUGUUUCUAAUGCCAUUGUUCUACUACACCCCCAAUGUCAUCUUAGCAGCCAUUAUCAUAACCGCUGUGAGCGGACUCAUCGAUUACCAAGCUGCAUACCGGUUGUGGAAAGUUGACAAACUCGACUUCAUGGCCUGCAUGUGCUCCUUCUUCGGUGUUCUCUUCAUUUCCGCUCUUGGCCUUGCAAUUGCGGUUGGAGUAUCGAUUUUCAAGAUUCUUCUUCAUGUCACCAGGCCAAACACAAUGGCUCUAGGGAACAUUCCAGGGACACAGACAUAUCACAAUCUCAACAGAUACAGAGAAGCAUCAAGGAUUCCUUCAUUCCUCAUACUAGCAGUUGAGGCACCCAUCUACUUUGCAAAUUCGACGUACCUACAAGAAAGGAUACUAGGAUGGGUUUGCGAGGAAGAAGAGAGGAUCAAAGCAAGCAACGAGAGCACACUGAAAUGUGUAAUUCUGGACAUGACAGCUGUGACAGCCAUAGACACUAGUGGUACCGACAUGAUGUCAGAACUUAGAAAAAUGCUGGAGAAAAGAUCGCUUCAGCUUGUGUUGGCAAACCCUGUUGGAAGUGUAAUGGAAAAGCUAAAACAAUCCGAAACAUUGGAGUCGUUUGGAUUGAACGGGCUCUAUCUUACAGUCGGAGAAGCUGUAGCUGACAUUUCAUCCGACUGGAAGGCUCAACCAUGACUUGCUACUCCAAAGGGCUUCAGUUGGAGAAUGGAAGGAGAAGCAUAGAGACUUAUGUAUAACUAGCUCUGCAUUCCUCCGUAGUCUAGGUAGGAAGAGCUCGGUCGAGGCCAGCGGUUUUUUUAUUUACUUUUCUAGGGAAUCCAAGGCAAAGAAUCAUUUUGUUUUGAAUUAAGAAAUUUUGAAGUUUGUUGUCCAA